ACGGGUAGUGCGGGCAUUAUGGACCCGGAAUGCAUCCCUGAGACUGGCCCUCUCUUCCUUCCUACCGGACUCCGGCGCGGUGUCGGAACACAGCGCCGCGCAGCGCUCUCGUGAGCGUGGGCGUCGAGGUUGCGUUUGUUGCGAUUGUUGCCACAGUUUGCGAGUCGGAUUCUGGGCACGCGAGGGAAAGGGGGAGGGGGAGUGGGAGUGGGGGCAGAGAUGAGGGGAUCGGCAUUGAGGAAGGCGCGCCUCGCGAAGCUGCUGGCGCAGCGGCAAACGCAGCAGCAGUUUCGCACGAGCGCAUGGCAUCAGGCUGUGCCGAGAACAGAAUCCGCACAGGCCUCGAGCUCCGGAGGUGUCCUUUCGUGGUUCCUCGGCGAACGCUCUACUACUCCUGUGCCUGCAUUGUAUGAGCCGCUGCAAGGCGUGCAUCUGCCUCCUGCCUUGCCUGAAGAUAUCAAGCCCAGCGAUACCAAGGUCACAACCCUAGCCAAUGGGUUGAGAAUCGCGUCGGAGAAUGUCCCUGGACCCACAGCUACGGUGGCUAUUCACAUCGACUCUGGGUCGAAGAACGAGACGCCAUUCUGCACGGGCGCCUCGCAUUUGCUGGAGCGGAUGGCCUUCAAGAGCACCGUCAACCGAUCGCACUUCCGCCUCAUUCGCGAAGUGGAAGCCAUCGGGGCGAAUCUUAUGUCUACUUCUGCCCAGGAGCAGAUGUGCUACUCGGCAGAUGCGAUCAAGACUUUUUUGCCGGAGAUGGUUGAAAUUUUGGUCGACUCUGUGAGAAAUCCUCUGUUUAACGAAUGGGAGGUUCAAGAGCAGCUUGCUAAGUUGAAAGCUGAGACUGCGGGGAUUAUGAGUCAUCCGCACAGCGCGAUUAUGGAGGCUCUUCACUCAGCUGGAUUCGUGGGAGGCUUAGGUCAACCUCUCACUGCACCUGAGUCGUCCUUGAGACGGCUAAACGGUGGUGUUCUUCAUGACUUUGUGAAGGAGAAUUAUACUGCACCUAGAAUCGUUCUGGCAGCCUCGGGUGUGGAACAUGAAGAUCUUCUUUCUCUGGCAGAGCCUCUGUUGGCCGACCUCCCCUCAGUUAACGAGCCUAUCCCUGUGGAGACACAAUAUGUGGGCGGUGACUGGCGGCAAUCCGUUGACUCCUCCCUGACGCAUGUUGCUAUUGCAUUCGAAGUCCCAGGGGGAUGGAGAAAUGAGAAGGAUUCGUGUGCUGUGACGGUUUUGCAAUCUCUUCUAGGAGGAGGAGCGUCUUUCUCUGCUGGUGGUCCUGGAAAGGGAAUGUUCUCUCGACUGUACACGCGGGUUCUGAACAGGCGGGAACAGGUGCAUUCUUGCACAGCCUUUAAUAGUAUCUACAGAGACACUGGCCUUGUCGGUAUCCAUGCUACUUCUUCUGGUGACUACAUUCCCUAUCUCGUGGAUAUCAUGUGUCAAGAAAUCAAUCAGGUUGCAACUCCCGGAGAGGUGACUGAAGCUGAAUUGCAUCGUGCAAAGAACAGCGCUAUUUCAUCAACUCUGAUGAACCUAGAGUCCCGAGUUGUUAUUACGGAAGAUAUUGGCAGUCAAAUUUUGACCUAUGGGCAGCGCAAGCCUGUGGCAAAGUUCAUUCAACGUAUCCAAGCCGUGACCUUGGAAGAUAUCGCUGAAGUUUCUCGCAAGAUUAUCUCCAGCCCACUUACGAUGGCUUCCUGGGGUGAUGUUGUCCAAGUUCCUCGGUACGAUGCUGUCGCAGAACGUUUUGAGAUGUAGAUUCGUUAACCCUCUUGGAAACCCGCCCACAGAUAAAUGGAGAUCUACGUAAAUUCAGACGUAGAAGAUUACAGGGCCUCUGGGAAACCCUGCAUCCAUAAUCGCAGAUAGCGUUGCAAAUGCAAAUGCCGUCUUACAGGUACGAAGGGUUAAUUUUCAGGCUUCAAUUCUGCUGAUCCACCAUUUCUAAUUCUAGACCCACCUCACUCGUGUGGGUGUCGGAAAGAGCUUCUCUUCAAUGCAUGUUAGGCUUCAGGAUGUCUUAAAGCAAUUUUAUGUAUGGAUGUAGUAGACCACGAAGUUGAAUGCUACAAGAAAAUGAUGAUUUGUAGUACAAGUUGAAUCAAUGAUUAAAUAACAUCGCUUCUAGGAAAUAAUUGAAAUUGAAGGCCAAUGAAAUACAACAGUCGUUUGAAUUGUACAUUAUAUUUUUUUCACAA